AAAAAGAACGGGGAAGGUAAAUGGUUGAUUUCAAAAGAAACCCAAUUUUCAUCACCCCAUCCAGCGAAAGCAAUCUGCUGGCAGUUGUCUGUGAUUCAGAAUUGAAUAAACUUUUGAAACAACAAAUUCAUGCAUUGAGGGAGAAGGAGGGAAAAUGGAAAGAGGAGAAGACGACGACGAAAGAAGAGAAGCAUCUAUAGCCUCUGCAGCAUCUUCAAUGUCGAAUUUCAAGCUGAAAAGUGGGCUCACUCCAUCCCAGCUCUCUAAGUUCCAAGAAUUACAUAGAAGGCGCUUACAAAUAAAAGCCAGAUCAAAAAUAAAAAAGAAACCUAAAGGAUUAGUUGACAGCGUUGGCAAAUCUUGUGGGAAUGACAUCAAUGGUAAAGAAUGCACAGAUGGAAACCCAAGUAAAAGCAUUUCAAAUACCAGUUUUCCGUCCCCGGAAAACAGUUUGGGACAUACUUCCUCCUUGGAGCAAGGCAGAGGAGCAGCAAACAAGGCAUCAAAGGAGCGCCAGAAGUUGCAUUGGGGGCUUGACGCUAAGGAAAGGUGGGAAAGGAAAUCCAAUAUGUAGAUAGAGUAGCUUAACUGAAGCACGUGUUUGCUGGGGAAGAAAAUGGAUGAUAGCCUCUUCAGGCGAGAAGGUGAGUAUGAAACUAGCUUCUGGUUCUCAGGAUAUUAUUUCCAGAACCAUCCUCAAGCCAAAUUUUCAACUGUUUCCAAGGGGGAAAAUGAUCUGCAAAGUAUACAGAGACCAUUUAGUAGCUGAUAUGUUUGAAAAUCUGAUGAAAGGUGCAUGAGAUGUGUGGCUGUUUGGAUGUGUAGAUGUGGUUAGGAUUAUUGCCAGACGCUUCUACGCUGAUUUGAAAUCACUCAUUUUGAUAUGGAUUUGGAAAUAUUCAGUUGCAUUGAAUAACAAUCUUGGAACUGCAAUCUCUUUUCUGAAACUGCAACAUUUAGAAUAAAAAUUCUCCAUCA